UUGUUUGACUAACCAGACAAAAAGAGUUUAGAGAGUUUAGACACAUGAUACAGAUUACGGAUUUUAUAUCGGAGAAUUAAUAUUUACCUUAAAAAAUUUUAUAACAUAUAACAAAAAGUUUCUUCAAAAGUGAACAAGUUUAAUUUUUUGAUCUGUUCAAUUACGAAACCAUGACUGAAGAAAAACAGCUCAUUUUAGACACUAAAACCUUUCAUAAACGCGCACGCAUUUUACAAACCAUUUGGAAGGAAUCGUUGAGUAAAAGUAAAGAUGCAAGUGACGAAUUCCAAGGCGCUGAAACCAUACUUAUUAUUGUCGGUGAUCUUCUAGAAGAAUAUCCAUAUCAAAAAUCUACGGCGAUUCAGACAUGGCUAUUAGGUUAUGAAUGGAGAGAUACAUUAAUCUUAUUGACACAAGAUAAAUUCCACUUCGUUGCUAAGGAAAAAAUGGCCGAAGUUUUGGAGCAAUUAAAUCAAGGCGACAAACAAGUAUCUGUUGAAAUUCAUAAGUAUACAAAGGAUCAAUCACAACACAGAGAUCUUUUUGAAUCUAUUAUCACUUAUAUAACCGAAGGAGAAAAGAAACGUCUUGGAAUAUUGCCAAAAGAUUUGAAGGAAGGCAAUUUUGUGCAAGAAUGGUCGGAAGUAUAUAAAAAUUUCAAAGAUAAAAUUGAAGAAGUUGAUGUUAGUGCAGGAGUCGCAUCGGUUUUAGCUGUUAAGGAUGAAGAAGAAUUGAAAACGGUCCGAGUUGCUGGCAAGCUUAGUUCUUUGAUAAUGCAACAUUUCAUUGGAGUCGUGACUUCCCUCGUUGAUGAAGAAAAACAAGUCACUCAUGAAAAAUUAUCUGAAGAUAUCGAUAAUAUAUUAACAAGCGAUCAAAAUACUUUCCUUAAAAAAGGAGUUCAAGAUGUUGAUCUCUCACGAGCGGAUUUUUGUUAUACUCCAAUAAUUCAAAGCGGUGGUAUAUAUGAUUUUAAAUCUUCGGCUGAAUCUGAUAACAGAACGUUACAUGCCGGAACUAUUCUUUGUUCAUUUGGUGUUCGUUACAAAUCAUAUUGUUCGAACAUCGGUAGAACUAUUUUGUUCGACCCAACUAAGGAACAAGAAAGGAAUUAUGAGAUUCUGUUGGAGUUACAGCGGCGUAUUGUUGAACAUAUAAAAAGUGGAGUAAAACUUCGUGAUGUUUACGUGAAAGCCAUAAAUUUUGUUAAAAAUAAGAAACCUGAACUUGUUUCACAUUUUGUAAAGAGCCUCGGCCAUGGGAUGGGAAUCGAAUUUAGAGAAUCCGCAUAUUCUAUUAAUGCUAAAAGUACAAAAGAAUUCAAGGCUGGAAUGGUUUUUAAUUUAUCCGUCGGGUUUCAAAAUUUAGAAAACUCAAAGGCUACAGACGAAGAAAGCAAAAUUUAUUCACUUUGGAUAAUAGAUACUAUUAGGGUAUCUAAUAACGAACCAGCUCCGUUAUUAACGGAAGGCAAUCGGAAGUUAAAUAAUAUGGCUUUUUCCUUUCAGGAUGGACCCGAAAGUGGCUCUGAAGCAAAGAAAGAAAAUAAACGUCCUGCUCAAAAAGUUGAAACCAAGAGAACUGCUAUGAGGAAAUCUACUGUCUUGAAAAGUAAAUUCAGAAGUGAAGAUAAGGACGAGGAUUCCGAGCAAAAACGGAAGGAGCACCAGGCGGAAUUAGCUAAACAGAAACAGGCAGAAGGAUUGGCACGAUUUGGAUAUGGUGUAGAUCAUCAGACAAGUCAAAGGGAAGCCACUUUUAGGAAAUUCGAAAGUUAUAAAAGAGAUACGGCUCUACCAAAGGAGGUCAAGGAAUUAAAGAUAGUUGUAGAUCAAAGAAACGAAACGAUUAUUCUUCCAGUGUUCGGACUAGCUGUUCCUUUUCAUAUUUCUACUUUGAAGAAUGUAAAUAAGACUGAUGAGGGCGAGUACACUUAUUUGCGAAUAAAUUUCCUAACACCAGGACAAGCUUCUGGCAAAAAGGAAGAUAUGCCUUUUGACGAUCCAAAUGCAAACUUUGUACGUGCCGUUACCUAUCGAAGUAUAGAUGAGAAUUUGUCGGAAAUUUAUAGGAAGAUAGUUGAACUUAAAAAGACCGCUGCAAAAAAAGAAGCCGAGCGGAAAGAAAUGUCGGAUUUAGUUGAACAGGACAAACUAAUCGAGCUAAGAGGUCGAAGACCAACGCAUCGUUUAUCAGAAGUAUUCGUUCGUCCAGGUUUGGACGGGAAACGUAUACCUGGUGAAUUAGAAAUUCACGAAAAUGGUUUACGUUAUCAAUCACAUCGAACUAAUCAAAAGCUAGAUAUUUUAUUCAGCAACAUUCAACACUUAUUCUUCCAGCCAUGUGAUAAUGAACUAAUUGUAUUAUUACAUAUACAUCUUAAGAAUCCGGUCAUACAUGGGAAGAAAAAAACCAAGGAUAUUCAAUUUUAUCGUGAAGCGUCUGAUGUACAAUUUGAUGAAACAGGAAAUAGAAAAAGAAAAUAUCGUUAUGGAGAUGAAGAUGAACUUGGUGCUGAACAAGAAGAAAGAAGAAGGCGAGCUUUAUUGAAUAAAGAAUUUAAAUCCUUUGCAGAAAAAAUUGCAGAAUCAAGUGAAGGUCGAGUAGACGUUGACAUUCCCUUUAGGGAAAUAGCCUUUCAAGGAGUUCCUUUCCGUACCAAUGUGUUAUUACAGCCUACGACAGAAUGUCUCGUUCAUUUGACAGAUCCUCCAUUUUUAGUAAUUACAAUAGCUGAUGUUGAAAUAGCUCAUUUAGAACGUGUUCAGUUUGGAUUGAAAAACUUUGAUUUAGUUUUUAUUUUUAAAGACUACUCACGGGCGCCAGUUCAUAUUAACACAAUCCCUAUGAAUCAGUUGGAAAAUGUUAAAGAUUGGCUUGAUCAUGUAGAUUUGGUUUUCUAUGAAGGACCACAAAAUUUAAAUUGGACACAAAUUAUGAGAACUAUUCAAAAAGAUCCAGCAGAUUUUUAUCAGGAUGGAGGCUGGUCUUUCUUAAAUAUGCAUGGAGAGGGUGAUGAUUCGGAUGCUUCUACUGAAACUGCAAGUGAAUAUGUUCUCAGUGAAAGUGCAUAUAGUGAAUCGAGCAGCGAUGAAAGUAGUGAUCAAAAUGAGGUUUCUGAAUCAGCCGGAUCUUCCGAAGAAGAGAGUGAUGAGAGUGGCGAAAGUUGGGAUGAGCUUGAAGAAAAAGCGCGUAAAGCUGAUGAACGAAAAGAAGUAGGAGGAGGUACUUCUAAACGUAAAGAAACACCCGAUGACACGCGUGGCAAAAAUAAAAAAAUUCGUCGUUAAAUAGUUUUGUUGUUAUUAUUAAUGACUUUUUGGUGAAGCUUUAUCUUAAAAAAAGAAAUUAAUAAAAUUCGGACGUUCCGUAUUAAACAAGAUAAAUAAACCAUUAAAAUCAUUAAAAUAUAAUUCAAUUUUUUCGAUGAUCAAUAACAAUCAACCGCAG